CGCCCACUUUCUCGGUUUCGGAAAGCUUUCCUCCCCCCUUCCAUCGAUCCCAAAUCCGAAAGGAGAGAAGCAAAUAAACCCUAAAUCAAAAUCCAGCAAUCGAUCAAAAUCAAUGGCGCAAUCUUCAUUCGUUCAAUGGAUCCUCAACCCCCGUCGCAACCCCUUGGCCGCCAUGCACCGCAACGCCGUCGCCACUCGCCUCAAGAAAUACGGGUUGCGCUACGAUGACCUCCACGAUCCCAUGGAGGAUCUGGACAUCAAGGAGGCGCUGAAUCGGCUUCCUCGAGAGAUCGUUGAUGCUAGGCACCAGCGCAUCAAGCGCGCCAUGGAUCUCUCGAUGAAGCACGAGUAUCUUCCUCAAGAGCUCCAGGCACUACAAACUCCCUUUAGAAGCUAUCUUCAACCUAUGCUGGCUCUUGUGAAGAAGGAGAGAGCUGAAAGGGAGGCACUGGGAGCUUUGCCUCUGUUCCAGCGUACUCUCCCUUGAGGAGUCUUGCUUAAGAUGCAGGGAAUAAAAUCAAGCAGCAAUUGCAAUUAGUGGAGGCUUGUACUGGUUUAUGGUAUCUGCGCCCAGAAAUAUUUUUGUUGAUUGGCUCUGUUUGCCGUUUUAUGAAAUGCGGCAUUCUUGAUUUUUGGUUAAAAGACAUUUUCACCCACUCAUGCUUGAUGAGCCUAAUCAUUUACUGUUUUCUUUUUCUAUUUAAAUAAAGUUUAUGAUUUUGUUACAUCAUGGAUGCAUGGUCUUCUAACUGUAUUAUGUAUCCGUUCAUUCUUUGAAAUGUGUCCCAUGAAAUCUUCUACAUUUAUUUGUUUUAUCGCUACAAAAUGGCUUUA